ACAAGAGUUAUGAUGUUUAAAAGCAGAGUGUCUUGUGUCUCUUCAGACUCUUGUGCUGACCAGUGACGUCGUCCACCAUGCGUGAGUACAAGCUCGUGGUUCUGGGAUCGGGAGGCGUCGGGAAGUCUGCUCUGACAGUCCAAUUUGUGCAAGGCAUAUUUGUGGAGAAGUACGACCCCACAAUAGAAGACUCGUACAGAAAGCAAGUGGAGGUGGACGGGCAGCAGUGCAUGCUGGAGAUCCUGGACACGGCUGGAACAGAGCAGUUCACGGCGAUGAGGGAUCUGUACAUGAAGAACGGUCAGGGCUUUGCUCUGGUUUACUCCAUCACAGCACAGUCGACCUUCAACGACCUGCAGGACCUCCGGGAGCAGAUCCUGCGAGUGAAGGACACCGAGGACGUUCCAAUGAUCCUGGUGGGAAACAAAUGUGACCUGGAGGACGAGCGUGUGGUGGGCAAGGAGCAGGGUCAGAACCUGGCCCGCCAGUGGAGCAACUGUGCCUUUUUAGAGACUUCAGCGAAAUCAAAGAUCAAUGUUAAUGAGAUUUUCUAUGAUCUGGUGAGACAGAUCAACAGGAAAACACCGAUGGAGAAGAAGAAGACAAAAAAGAAGUCCAAUUGCACGCUGCUCUAAAGACGGCGCCUGCAGCUCCAGCAUCGUGUAAUGAAGUGUUUCCAGAGGAUCGAGCUGCGUUCAAGUCUCCAGAGAAACUUCUGCUUUUAAUAGUGAAGAAAUCCACAUUUGUUUUGUAUCGUCGGCCUGACAACCGUUUGUUUUUAUUAGUGUUCUCCUCCACGGUGUCUUUCUGAGACCACGGGUUUAAAUCCAGUUAUUGCAACUAAAAUGUUUUUAUUAAAUAACAUCGUUUUGUGACGUUUGCAAGAAGAAACGUGUGAAAUGUUCUCGUACGUUUGUGCACUAACCGUGUGCACAGAUGCAUCAUGGUCCAGAAGUUGCUCGCUCCUGCUGACGGGGAUGUGCGUCGAUAACAUCUUUCCUAAGUGACUUUGUUUGUUAUUGAGCUGCAAGCCUUCCAUAUUUCCCAUAAUAUAUUCUACUUCCAUUUUUGCAUAAUAAAGCUAAGGAGCUUAGUGUCUUACAGACUGAAGGGACGUCGUGCUGAACAUGUGUUGAACUCACGACGUUGCUUCAGAUCGUUUUACAGCUUUUAUGAAUGAUUAAAUUUUAGUACAUUUUCAUUAUUUUCGUCUUGAUUCUUAUCGUCCGAGUGUUAAAGGAUUAUAGAAAUGGGGAAAUUAUUCUAGA